AACAGUGUGAUCCAAAGACAGAAUUCAAUUGCGGAGACCAAACUUGCGUAGACAUCGCCCUAAAAUGUGACGGAGAAUAUGACUGCAAAUACAGAUAUGACGAAGAACCAAGCAUUUGUGCCAGAGCUUUGGGAGCUAGUAUCAUGUUGACGUCAGAGCAUAUGAUCAUCAUUCUAGUGGUUUUCUUCGCUCUAGUGAUCGCCAUGUGUGCCUCUAUAUCCAUUUCUUGCUACAACAAAAUUAAAGAGCGGCAAGUGCGUGAGCGAGAGUACAAAGAACGUCGGUCUAAAGAAGCUUCGGUGGAAGCAGAACGAAAUUUACGAGCACAUUCCAGCCCUGCAGUCGACCCUAAAAGGACUGUACCCGCGCAACAGGCGGGCUUUGACCAAAUUGCAACAGGAAGGCAAGGAUUUAGGGAUGAUGCUGAUGAUGAAGAAUCUUCUGAUGGCUGCUACGUCCCUGAAGUCGAUCUAAGUAGAUUCAAGCCUAAUGGUGGGGAGACCAUUCCAAAAAAACCUAGAGGAACAGGCCUCCAGCAGCAGCAGUAUCCAUACAUUAGUGAAAGUUUCGAAAGUUUACAAAGUGACGUCAUCGUGCCUCCAGCACCUCCUCCAGUGCCCUUGCAUAUGAAAGAACGACGAGACCUCUCUCCACCACCCCCAACAUAUCGCAUUGUGGGAGGCAAAGUUGUAGCCAACCCAGCAAAGAAUGAGCCUUCGAUGGAAAGAAUGCAGCAGCUGGAGUCGGGAAGAUCCACUAUUGAUAGCAAAGGCGGGGGUAGUUACGGACGCUAUGGCACAACUGAUAGUCGACCUGGUUCUGCUAAACCAAUUGGUGGCUAUCCCGUUUAUAAACCGAAUGAAAAGCCCGAAAUACCAGUCAAGCCCCUAAUUGAAAAAGAGCCACCAGCAUCGUCUACAGAUCUCAAGGCUAGUUUCCUACGGGGUCCUCUUGAAGCUGGAGCACCACGAUCAGCUUUUUCUAGAUCACCCGGUGAUAUUGGACUCCCUAAAUUUGGAAUGGCUCGGGUGACUCCUGAUGGUCCAAGAGGCCCGUUAGCUGCUAAAGGAGCAGCUGGAGAUAAAAGUUUACCUUUAGCGACAUUUCGUAACGCAUAUGAGGACAAUUCUUAUCAGAGAGGAUAUCGUCCUGGAACACUGCGAAACUACUCGUCUCGUAAUAAUCCUGAGGCAGACGCUUUGAAAGCCCAGGCCACUGUCGAAGCUAGUGACAAGGAUUCUUCAAGAGCCCACAGUGUAGCGUCAACAUUGUCUGCUCCUGAUGUCAUCGGCAAACGUUGACUUUCGCCACGAAAAGAAGUCUGCGGAAAAGCUAGUCAAAAAUGACGUGUGUCAUCCAAAAUAGAUGUUAAUGGUUACUGAAAUCAUGAGAUCUCAUGAUUUCUGUGGCAAAUAUUAUCAACAGCCAACCAGAUUCACUGAACAUUUUCAUGAUGGAUUUAGUAGUGCAAAGUCCCUACAUCUACCUUACCAUUUUUAAACGUAUUAAGUCUUCCUUGUCCAGUUUAGGACGCUAUGAAUACAAAUGGAGGAUAUAAUGCUUUAGACAAAGGACAAUUAUUUUUCGCUUUCAGAAACCGAAAGUGAUGAAAGCCAACACGCGUAACUCAGGCAUCUCAACUUUUUACUCUUUAUAAUUUCGUUCUAGUUUGAUAGUUUGUCAUUGUUCAUAGUGUAUUUUGUCUGAUAUUUAAAUUUUCACAAAACGUAUGUGUCUUAAAAAGUCAUGUCCCAAUCUUGAUUGGAAUGUGCUCAGACAGAGUUGUUCAUUUCCUGCACGUCAAGGAAUCAAGGACAGAUUCAUUUGUGUAUAUCAGAUAUAUAUUUUGUCAACAUCAUCUUGUGUAGUGUUCAUAGUUUGACGUUACCACUCUAAAGGCGUCACAAAUGUUUGACUGAAGUACUGUUAUUGUUAUAGAAAGA